GUAUAAGAGCCAUCUGCAAAGAGAGAGGGGACACAGGCAAACAGUGUGCAGCUUUGGGGGUUGUCAGUUCAGUCGACCACGAGAAUUGGAAGAGGUCCUCUAAGGGGCGUUUGGGAAUCCAUGGAUUUUGAUGGGAUUACUUGGAUCUUUCUUGGUUCGUCAUGAAACGGCACUUUGUUUUCUGCACUCCCAAGAUGCUAUUUUGCUGACAGAUCCAAAGUUCGACGGUGCAGGCGGGUCUGACAACAACUGGACUGCUGCUGGUUAUGAAAAUCUGCACUUUGAGAGAUAAACGUGUGGAGGAAAGAUGUUUGUGGAGUCGGUGGUCCGGUGGGGCGCUUGGAGCAUACUUCUCGCUGGCCUGGGUGUCUCCGGCGGGGGCUGUCCAUCUCGCUGCACAUGUCGCCCCGAGGCUAAAGAAGUCAUCUGCUCCGGCAAACAUCUGAACUCGGUGCCGGAGGGCUUUUCUAGCGAUGCCAAAAGACUGGAUCUGUCCUACAAUAAGCUCAAGACUGUGGGGCGGCGCCAGUUCUCCGGGUUACAGCUCCUUCAAGAGUUGGACCUGAGUGAUAAUCUAAUCUCCAUGAUGGAAGUGGAGGCUUUCCAGGGCCUUUCAAAUCUCAGGACUCUUCGGAUUAAAAAUAACCGCCUUAAGAUCAUUCCUGUCGGGGUGUUCUCAGGCCUCUCCAGUCUACGCUUCCUAGACCUGAGCCAAAAUGAGAUACUGGUCUUUCUUGAUUACACUUUCAAAGAUAUGUCAAACCUGCAAAUACUAGAAGCCACAGAAAAUGACUUGGUUUUCAUCUCCCAGCGAGCAUUCUUCGGACUUACAAACGUAGUAGAGUUGAAUUUAGAUCGCAGUAACCUGACGUCCAUUCCCACUGAGGCCCUGUCCCAGCUACCGAGCUUGACACGUCUAUGCAUGCUCCGCCUCACCAUCCCCUCCAUCCCCAAUAACGCUUUCCGGAGGUUACACCGACUUCGCAGCCUCGUCAUCUCCAGCUGGCCCUUUUUGGACAGUUUGGCAAGCAAUAGCCUCAUCGGACUCAAUUUGACCUCUCUUGUUAUCAGCAACUGCAACCUUAGCGAGAUCCCUUACCCAGCGCUCCGGCAUCUAGUUUAUUUGCGCUUUUUAGACUUGUCAUAUAACCCCAUCACGGUCAUCCAAAGAAAUCUACUUGGCGAUCUUCUUAGACUUCAGGAGUUACACCUAGCUGGGGGAAGCUUGGUACGGAUAGACCCAGGCGCCUUCAAAGGACUGACCAACUUCCGCAUGCUCAAUGUAUCGUCCAAUCAGCUUAGCACUUUGGAAGAGACUGCUUUCCAGGCAGUUGGGAACCUCCAGGUGCUGAGGUUGGAUGGGAACCCUUUGGCGUGCGAUUGCCGAUUACUUUGGGUGGUGUGCCGGAGGUUGAGAUUAAACUUUGACGGAUUCCAACCUACGUGUGUGUCUCCGGAUGCAGUGAGGCAACGGCAAUUCAGAGACUUUUCAGAAAAAGAGCUUCCGAGGCUGUUUACCUGCCGCCCGGCCAGAAUCCAGGAUCGACGACCUCAGGAGGCGAGAGUCGAGGAGGGCACUACGGUCCUAUUUUCAUGCAAAGCUGAUGGCGAUCCAGCUCCUGCCAUUACGUGGAUUUCAUCACAGAGGAAUGUCAUCUCUCCUACAGGACGAAUCCGAGUGUUGCCCAACGGUACCUUGGAAGUUCGCUAUGCCCAAGUUCAUGAUAGUGGUGCCUACCAGUGUCUUGCCGGUAACACCGCCGGUAAUGACAGCCUAACAGUUGGACUCUUUGUGAAAGGUGUCCCUCGAAACAGAAGUAUCCCAAUUUUCAUUGACGAAUCUUGGAUAGAACCAACACAUAUGACACAAACUGCAAACUCGUCCUCUCAAAUGGCCAAGCCCUAUCCGUUUGACGCAAAGACGCUUAUAAUCGCUACGACGAUGGGCUUCCUCUCCUUCCUCAGCUCGGUAGCCAUAUGUUUUGUCUUUAUGUUUUUCUGGAGUCAGAGUAAAGGACAAAUCAAGCACACUGCUACCAUUGACUUUGUACCCCGGUCUUCUAUGGGGGGAGGAGGGGAUGGAGGGGAUGGCGGAAGGUUCACAAUGAAACUUAUCUAAGGUCAAAAGUAUCUCGGACUACGUACUCUGAGAAGGACAGUGAAGGACACUUACUGUGAAUUCUGCCUAAUACAGAAUACAGAACUGGCUCAUCUCUGGAGUUUAGAACAGAAUGUUACUUAAAUGUGAGUUUUGUGUUUUCAGUGCAUGGUGUGGUAUAGAUCGAUCCAGUAUGAUUAGAAUUGGUAGUAAGUUGUAAGAAAUUAAGUACUUCCUCUUACAUCCUGGUUCUUUCUGGUACUUCGUUAUAUUUUGAUGACAGAGAAGGUGAAACUGCAAUGUCUCCCCAGUUGACUUCCAAAUUAAACUUCAAUAAACAAAAGCAAUGUUGUGAAUACCUUGGGAAAUCAAACAUUAUUAUUAUUUUUGGCGACUUGCAAAUAAAAGUCAAACAGAAAGAUAAGUUUAUGAUCUUUUUGCGACAGUGUGUCUGAGAAAUUCUUGGUUGGGUGGAUGGUAAUAAGAUAAAAGUAUUCUCAGAUGAACUCUGACACAUUGGAGUUAUAAAAAUGGCAGUGAAAGUGACACUUUUUACGGUAAUUUAAUAAUCAGCACAUCUGCCACUGUCCCUGCUGCCAGGAGCUGUAAAAGACAGACUGAAAGCCAGAAAAGUCUGUAACACACUAACCACAAAGACAGUGAAAAGCAUUAGUAACUUCACCUAGUAUUCUUAAAUGGUUAUAUUUAUACUUAUACUUACUGUACAUAUUACUAAGCUAUGAUUAACUUAAAUGCCAAAAAAGUUACUCAGCUUUUGACAAGAUUAAAUCAGUCAAAUUAUAUGGUGAACAGUUUUUACUCACAUAAACCUUUUUUUUUUUUUUUUUUUUUUUUUGCUUUAAACUAAAUCUCCUUGUAGCUUAACCUCUUUCUUUUGUCAAUUAAUUCACAACAUUGCAUCAGUCUGUUAGCAUCAUGUGGCAAAUUUAGGGUGACCAGAUCUUUAAAAAUACAAACUGGAACACACCCAGGUUGGGAUGGUUGGUAUAAAUAAAACUGUGAAAAGAAUGCUGUCCAUUCUCGACUCACUUGUGUCACUGUAUUUUGGCAAAACAAAUGACAAAAUAUAGCUCCCUUUACUGUUGGCGGGGAUCAUUGGUCAAAAAUAGCGAGACCUGAGACAUUUCUUGUAUAAAACUGGGACAAAUCACUGAUUUUGGAUAAAUCUACUGGGACAGGGGACACAGGUUUCAAAACUGUCCCGGAUAAACAGGGACAUCUGGUCACCUUAGGCUAAUUAGCUGCGCUGCUUCUUUCCAUUUUAACACAUUUUCAUAGGGCUACAUUAUUUUUGAUAUAUAAAUGUGAUUUAGUAGUGCAUAAGUACUUAGAUCUCCAAUGAAUUAUUAAAAAGCCAUACAAAAGCAAAAAUGUGUACAGUAUUUUAAACGAUGCUCCAUUGGCAGUGGAAAUCAGGGCUACUUAACUGUACUAACUGUGCCAUACUGUUUCGAACUAUGCCAUGCUAUUCAGUGGGAAUAAGUUCAGGUUGCGCUCAUGUUCUACAAUUUAAUGAUGUCAUAUUUUCAGAUGGAUGGCAGGGGCCUGUAGAACUCUAUGGGGAAAUCACUGUUUUUGAAAGAAAUAUCCAAAUUUAUGAUCCACACAUUUUCAACUAUAGUCAAGUUGCCGUAUUGGUCUCAUGGCUUAAAGUCCUUUCAGAUGACAACAUUCACGGCUUUACGGUUGGAUAAUGACACUGCUUUCUGAAGCUUUUCCACACAAUUUAUUACACUCUUGUUUAUUUGUGUUGACCGAGAAGAUGUUGAAUUUUGUGCCAAUUUAGUUUUCACGUGAAUAGUCCCAGUAAUUACAAGUAAACAGUUGGUCUACAGCAAAUUCUACCAUAGAAUUCUAAUCUGCCCCCGGCUCAAUUUAAAUAAAGGGAACGCAGUGAUGUAACAUGAACACAACCUAUUGAUAGUCUGCAGUGACAUCACGCUGGGGGUGUUCUACAUGUAUUUCCAUGAUGGAAUGUUCAGCGGUUACUAUUGUAGCACAGUGUCCACAUUAGCAAACACUAUCAAAAAGUUUUACGAUAGUGUGAAAACUAUACAAUGGAUUUAAACAACUAUUUUUCAGGAUCCUGUGAUCAAUACGAGCUUACAUAUUCCUGUUUAGGUGUUUGAGUUUAAACCAAAACGUGAGAGUGACUGAAAAAACUGUUGGCUAAUGCUAGCUAGCUUGGAACUGUAAUUGUAUGUGUGAGAGAUUUGUUUAACUGCACAAAAUCAGUGUAUGUAGUAUGCAGUAAUGUAGUUCGGACUAAUCCAGCCCCUUCUGAUCUGAUUGUCUUAAAAUAAACAUCAGAUCAGAAAGUCUAACAAGCCUCAGAUAGAGCAGUGCUUACAGUUAGCAUCACACCCCCAGGUAAUGUUGACGCAAUUGAACGGACUAGUUAAAAUGCCAUGAUCUUAGAAUAGAAGGCUAUUAGUGGAUUUUUCAUCACUAAUUUUAGAUUUAUUAACGCUUGCCUUGCUUAAGUGUGUUUUCUAUCUAAAUGUAGCAUGGGUAGGCAAAGAUUAGUUUUCAUAGACACAAGGAAAGGUUGAGAAUGAAUUCAGAUCCAUCUCUUUUGCAAUACAUCAGCUGCCAGUUAAUGCAUCAGUAUGCUAAGCCAAGAACACAGUUGUACUUUUGACCCUAGCUUCACUGCUAUUUCUGCCUCUUCAUGAGAAAUUCCCUAUUGGAAAGAGCAACUGUGUGUAAAAAAGCAUUAUGCAGAUAAAUACAGUCACCGAAGCUAACCUGAGUGGGAGACGAGAGAGCAGCUAGCAUAACACAGCACCAGUCAGGCAGUAGGCUAUAAGUUAAACGAAUGCUAAGAAGCGCUAAAGCUAACCAAUACAUUUUUGAGACAUCAUUUUAAAGUAUUUGCAAUAAGCAUGGUCACUGCCAGAAUGCAGGCAGCUUACCGACGUUCAUCCUGAUGUAUCCCCAGCAUGCUAACUACCGUAACGCUAACAUAUUUUUAAGACUUACUACCGAAGCAACGUUAAGGGAAACGUAGUAUAGAAAAUGUAUAUAGGAAUGUAUACUUUCGUAGCUCUGAAAGUAAGCUAGAAUCCCUGUUUUAACUUGCAUUUUUUGACAUCUUUGAUUUUUUUCGAGGGUUUUUUUUGUCAUUUUGAUAAACUUUUUUAUGUUUUUGGUUAAGACAAAAGGAACACAUCGCUCUGAAAAUGUGCCUCAGUAUCGAUAUAGAAACCACAGACACUGAAUGCUCACCUGAUUUGUCUCGUCAUGUAAAUAAAAGGUCAAGCGUUCAAUGUUAUUUCGAAGAUUUAUAGGGUAAAGUGUUCGAUCACUGGCCUCUUUUGAUAGACACUUACAAAAUAAAGUUUAUUACUGGCAUCUUACAUAUUAUAUUUUGCAAAAGACCAGUGUGUUUCCUGUUGGGUUACUCUGGUAAAUGGUUAAACCAAAUCCACAAAGAAUGACAAAAUAGUGACUUUUUAUCGCUCUUAAAACAGGCCACUGACCAAACACCUCCUUACACACAGGGUGGAACGUUUUUCCAAUAAAUGAGCUUGUGAAAAAACAAAAACACAUCCUGCAUUUAUUCACAGAUGGGUUUUGCUUUUCAUAAUGUUUUUAUUUGAUUAAAAGCAUUUCAAAUCUG